AGCCGCUUGCUUUUUAGUGGAUAAGCAAGUGAUCCGAGGCCACCCAAAGAGAGAGAGAGGCAUGCUGCUUGUGCUUGUAUUGUAUUGCUCUCUCAUCAAGGAGAGCCCUCUGCUAGCUACCUCCUGUCCUGUCCGAGACCCGCCAAUCUGAAUCGCCAUGCGAGCUCAGAUGCAGAUGCAGCCCCGCCCCCGCGGUUUGGGUUUGCUGCGCCCCCGCCAUCCCAGGACUCCCACCACCUUCAACUUCAUCUUGAAGAAGCAGCUGCCCAGCUUCAAGAACCACCCUGCAUUACCAUCCCCCAGUGACGCCUUUGCCGCCGGCGUGAGCCUGACGGUGUCGGACGCGGAGCUUGCGUCCCGGGGGUUCGCAGUGCGGCGCACGACGGAUGGCCUGGACGUGCCGGCGCUGAACGAGGUGUUCGCGCGCGUGGGGUUCCCGCGCCGGCAGGAGGAGCGUCUGCGCCGCGCGCUGGAGCACAGCCGGGUGGUCUGGCUCUCGGCUGCGGGGGAGGAGGAGCGGCCCGUGGCGUUCGCGCGAUCGGCGGGGGACGGCGUGUUCAACGCGGUGGUGUGGGACGUGGUGGUGGAGCCGUCGUGCCAGGGCCUCGGCCUGGGCCGCGCCGUCAUGGAGCGCCUCGUCGACGACCUGCGCCGCGACGGCGUCUCCAACAUCGUGCUCUACGCCGAGCAGCGCGUCGUCGGCUUCUACCGCCUGCUGGGCUUCGCCAUGGACCCCGACGGCAUCAGGGGAAUGGCAUACUACCGCAAGUCCACCGCCUCCAGGCCGCCAACAGCACCAACUCCAAACUAAUUCAUCGAUUUGAUUGUGUUCACUGUACAUCAAGUGUUGGAGGAAAUGAAUUCACUCCCGAUUCGAAGCA